AUCAAUUGUUUAAAUAUCAAGUAAAAUUUAAUUAUGACCAAGUCGGAAUUUGAUGCUAAUAUAAUUGAUGAGGAAAAAGAGCAGCAGACAGAGUCAAUUGAUUUUGCCAUAGAUCAUAAAGUAGAUAGACUUACACUUACAAAGCAAUCCUCUACUUGUUCUUCAAAUAACAGUAGCCAUCCUUCUUUUGCUACAGAGGAUAAUGACGACAAAAGUGAUUAUUCUAAAGAAAAUGACGGUAGUAGCAGUAGUCAAAGUUCUAUUGAUACAAUGACUGGAGAAAAAAGUAAUGAUACCAAUGUUAUUUCAAAUAAUCAAACACUUGCUAUGAACAGUCAUCAUCAUCGUCGUCGUGGUCGCGCUUUAACUGUAACACAAAAUAAUACUCGGCCAUUCAUAGAACAGCAACAAAAUUUAUUUGUACCAGAUCAAGAUGAAAAGUUUGAUACGAUCGAUAUUCAUGACCAAAUUCACGAAUUAGACCAAACAAUCAUUGUUCCUGACGGUCAUCAGAAGGACGAUCAAGAGGAUAGUAACAAUAAUUCGGACUCAGAUCACACCUCUUCUGUAGAAAAUAUGAAAAGACAUAAGAGAGAUGAAAGUUAUCGUUCCACCAUGUCUUCCAUUCAUUCCUAUGCUUCAAGUGCUUCUAAUUAUGAUACGCUUUUAGCUCGACUCGAUUCCUGCAAUAGUAUUAAAAAUGCCCAGUUAUACAAUUCUCCUGCAUUUGAUAAUAAGCAUUCAUCUACUACUAUUUCAUCAACUAUGACAAUGAUGGAUGUUGAUAAACAACAAGAAGAAAGGCUUACUUCUAAUUUAGCACAUGAAGAAAAAGAAGAAGAAGAAUCUAAUACAAGACAAGAAGAAAAUGACUUUGAUUGGGAAUUUUGGUCAAAAUUAAUUUUGGAUUUUAAUAAUGCUGUCAAGUCAGAACCCAAAAUGUUAUCCUAUCAUAUUGAAAGAGGAGGUAUUCCACCCUCAUUAAGAGGCAUGAUUUGGCAAUUAUUGGCAAAGAGUAAAAACUUGGACCUUGAAGAUAAAUACAUGCAGUUGUUGAAGUUGGAAUCUGUUUAUGAAAAGGCAAUUAUACGUGACCUACCAAAAGUCAUCAUUGCAGCCUCUGUUUAUGAUAUGCAAUCUGAUAAUCUUGUGAAUCAUGACCAACAACAAGAAAGUCAACAACAAAGAGAAGCACUGUUUAAUGUAGUGAAAGCCUAUUCUUUAUACGAUACUGAGGUAGGCUAUAGUCAAGGAUUAUUACAUAUCGUGAGUCCAUUACUUUUAAAUAUGCCAGAGGAAGAGGCAUUUUGUGUUGUAGUACAAUUAAUGAACAAGUAUAAUUUACGAGCCCAUUUUUUACCUCAAUCUGAUUUAUUAUCUCAAAGAUUAUACCAGUUGGAAGGUUUAAUAGCGGAUCAUUUACCACAUAUUCAAAGACAUUUAAAAGAAUACGGAGUCAAAUCAAGUAUAUUUGCUUAUCCCUGGUUUAGUACAUUAUUUUCUUUCAAAUUUCCUUUAGAUGCUGUCUAUAGAAUCUACGAUGUGAUCUUUACGGAAGGUAUUAUGUCUCUAUUUCGAUUUGCAUUAGCUUUAUUAGAAAAGAAUCAAUCCACUAUUCUAAGCUUAGAGUUUGAAGAUUUAACUAAUUUCUUGAAAAAUGGUCUACUUGAGAUAUAUCAUGGUGAUAUGAACCAGCUCGUAAAAGAUGCCUUUCAAAUUUGUUUUACUACUAAAAGAUUAGAUCGUUUAGCAAAAGAAUUUCAUGUACAAACAGCUAAAGCAAAUAGCGGUGCUGAAGUGAUUGAGACGCUAAAACAACAAAAUAAAAGUUUAACAGAAUCCAUUCAAAAGUUGGAUCAAGACUAUAAGAACCUGAAUAAAGAGCAUACUGAAGUAGCUGCAGAGCUAAUCUCUGCUAAAAUGGAUAUAGUACGUAUUCAUGAUGAAAAUGAAACUUUGAAGCAACAAGCAAAUGAUCUUAAAAGGACCUUAGAGACAUUACCAGCUGAAGUAGAGGCACGCGUAAAAGAAGAAAUGGAAAUUUUAUAUACCAAAAAUGUAGCCCUUGUUGAAAGAAAUUCAGCACUUGAAGACCAACUGGCGUAUAUGGAAAACAUGAUUAUUGAAAUUACAGAGAAAUAUUCUGAAAGUGAAAAAGAAAGAGAAGGUUUACGACAAAGAUUAAUUGAUUUAAAACGUUUAAUGAGUUGAAAAUUUUAUUUUUUAAAAGUCCACAACUUUUUUUUUUUUCACCUUCUUCUUCUUCUUCAUUGUUAUA